CAUUCCCUUCCCUCUCAUCUCUCAGCAGCUUCACCUUCUUCCUGUUCGCUCGCUCAGUAGCUGCCGCGUGCGCUCUGCUCGCGUCUUCGCAUCUGCCGUCUGCUACGCCCUACCACUACCUGGAAACGUGGUAUUCAAUUCGGUUACCCUGAUAAGAUGGCGGUUCGCACGAGCUCGCCGCGCAGCAAUCGAUUCUUUGCUGCGGUAGUCUAGUCUCCGAGUCCACGUGAUUUUAUUUAGGCGUGCGCGACGUCACCUGUGCCAGCGCGCUGCCUGCCGACCUCGGCACGAUCGCCACACGUGGUGCGUGCGGCGCACAAAGCCAGCCAGGGCCCAUUUCAAUUUCAGGGAGGAAGCACCGUGCCGCCCACGGCGAGCCGACCAAACCAUCGAGUUGCCGGCUUGCCGCUGCCAAUUCGCCCCGGGGGGUGGGGGGUAUGGGCGCGCGGCGCCGUGUCCCCUGGGCCCUGGCCAUCGCGGGCGAGGCCUGGUCGGCCGGUAGACGGCGCUCAUUUCCUUUCCCAAUCAGCGACCCCGCCCCCACCCACCCAGCCACCCGGGGCGCUCUGCGCCGAGCGGCGAGCAACCCGCGGCCGCCACGUACCGUGCCCACCCCGGCCGCCCAGCCGCACCGAGGAAGCCUCCACCAAUCCGCGGGCUGGCUCGUCGGUACGGGCACCUCCUGAACUAGAGGCCGAAAGCUCCACUCAGCGGCGAAUUCCAUUCUCCUCAGGCACUGGCAAUCUGCCAUAGUGCCAUAAAAUUCGUUAUCUUGGCGCAGGGUGCAUCCAUGGGGACACGCCUCUGAUCUUGUGCUUCAGAGAUCACGAGCUUCCUCCUCUCUUCCAGCUCCCAACUCUCCAGUCAACCCGAUAACCAAUGCCAAAUCGCCAACAUACUCGAGCAACUGAGCAACGCAUGAGCUCCUGAGCUGAGAACUGAGGUUGACUCCAGCUUCGACCUCUGUGACUCGCCGGCGACGCGGUAGCAGAAACAGCCACCUCGCAGAGCUUCCAUCCCACCACCAUGCCGAGCACCACGCCGGCCUCUAGGACGGCGAUCUCGCUCCCCUCCGCCUCCCCGGUCUCCCGCCGCGGCAGCAGGACGCUCCGCCUGCUCGCGCUCCCCGCCCCGCCCGCGCCGCGGCGAAGGAUCGGCCUCCCUCCUGGACGCGCGAGGCGCCCGAUGGCGGCCGUGGCCAGCGCGGCAAUGCCGGCGCCAGGGCCCAAGGCGCGCGUCCUGGUGGCCGGCGGCGGCAUCGGCGGGCUGGUGUUCGCGCUCGCCGCCAGGCGGAAGGGGUUCGAGGUGCUGGUGCUGGAGCGGGACAUGAGCGCCAUCCGCGGUGAAGGGAGGUACCGCGGCCCGAUCCAGCUGCAGAGCAACGCGCUCGCGGUGCUCGAGGUCGUCGACGCCGCCGCGGCAGACGAGGUCAUGGACGCCGGCUGCAUCACGGGGGACCGAAUCAACGGCAUCGUCGACGGCGUAUCUGGCUCCUGGUAAGGGAGGCAGGGUCGUCCCGGCGCCAGAGAAAAAGCUCUGGCUCUAAGUCACCAAUAAUUUGAUUGUUUUUGACGCUGCGGCGAGAAAGAUUUGGCUUUUUUUGCAAGUUCGAGUGGAAUUUAGUGUGACAAGGAUCCACUGGUCUGUAGUAUUGGCAGUUUGUACGAGCCAAUUGGUAGUUGACUAGUCGUUAUGCUCUCCUGCUUUAGUAGAUCAUAGCUUCUAUCGUUGACGCGCAAGCCUCCUACUUGUUCUGAAAGAAAAAACUCUAAAUGCCGAAACAAUUUCGGCUCCUAUUUAACAGUGUUGAUGUGAAUGUGAUGUCAAUCCUAUCAUGCUUAGUUGACCGCA